ACCGUCAUUUAUUCAUCACUUCACGGGUUUACUACGAAGCAACAUAAUGAUCAGCUCCCAGUUGGCUUGUUAGCUCAGUUGCUAGAGUACUGCACCGGUAUCGCAGAAGUCAUGGGUUCAAAUCUCAUACAAGCCUGAAUUUUUUUUUCGACCUUAUUUUCAACAGGCUAGUCAAGUAGUUUUUAUUGCUACGAAGAUCACUUUCAUAUUCAAUAUCAACUCAAUUGAUGAAACCAAAUUAUCUUGUUGUAUUGCCCCACCGAAUUAACACCUCAGUUUCUUUAGACACUUUCCCCUUUAUUCACCGACCAGUAUUUAAUUUCAAAUAAUUUUGUCUCAGGUUUGAUUAUGGUGACAAUAACGUUGUGUUAUCCAAUCAGGCUGUCUGAUCAUACUCGUGAUUGACAAAUCGUCGCGAUCGUCAUUUUGUUAAUCACUCAUACGAUUACAAACCCUGUUGGACCAGUUUAGCUAAUCGGUCUUAUCACUAUUAGACAGAGCCAUGAUUAAAUUAUUUAGUUACACUGGUAAAUUGUUAGACGACAGUAGAGGCGAUGAAGAAUCUUGAACGCAGUGCAAGUUGAUUCAAGAUGAAACUUUUACGGCUCUCGUGCUCGCACCACAAAGAUUAGGAGUUAUUACAUGACCUAACGUCUAAAUUUUUGUUUUUCAAGACUCAGUGGUGCCAAAGUCCAUCCAGUGUCCAGAAAAGCUGACGUCAAAUCAAUUCUUGAAGCUUGGCACGUGGAUUCAACGAAAACGCCGGUCGACAAGACUUCACGUUUACAACGUUUAAUUCCACCGCGUGGCUCAUUCAAACAAAUGUAAAUUGGUGGUGGGAGAUUAAGCAACUUAGCUCUCAGACACUCUGAACAUUGACAGAGAAAUGUUUGUGUUAUUGAGCCUCUUGGUGGGGACUGUUUUGUUGCAGUCUGUUUGUGUCGUCUCUGCAGGUAAGCCUGAAAUUAUAGGUAACGGAACGGCUGUUUCUACCAAGGAGGAUGACAUAGCACAUUUCACGUGCAAGUCGCGUGGGAGUCCCAGGCCUUUCCUUCGAUGGAAGCGUCACGGAGUAACGAUUAAAGAUGCAGAUGAAGGGGUCGCUGUUUUGGAAAAGAGUAAUUCCACUUUAGAAGAAAGUCAUUUAUUCGUUGCUGUAACUGACAAUGAGAGACGGGGGAUUUACAUUUGUGUGGCAAGAAACGAAGAAGGAGAAACAACAAUGUCUUUUAAAAUUGGUGAAUACCCCCUGGAGGGACUAACUUCUACGGACAAAGCUGCCAUUGGUAUAUCAGUUGGGUUAACGUUGUUCUUCGUGAUAUCCAUUGCGAUUUUAAUGAAGCGCGGAUCAAAACAGAUCAAGAAAUCUGUCCGGAGGCAAAGAGCAAGAACCUUGUCACAGUCUUCUUCUUCUCAGGGUGCGGAACACGUUGCCCUAGUGCACUCCACGCCAAAUAAGGAUAGCGAUAAAGAAAUUAGAAACGGUGCACCAGCUCAUCAUGAUCCAGACGAUGAUGGAGCUACAAGUCUUAAUUGCACAUCGACGGUGUGAACCAAGAGACAAGUAAAUGGGUUUUAAACAACUCACGUCACGACCAAGCUUUCACGAGGUUUUACUCAGACUAAACGUAAUGGGAAUCUUAUUCAGUGUAAUCGUAGCAAUAUCCGCUUGGUGAUUGGAACAAGCACUUUCGCCAGUCUCGUUGGUUUUGUAGUUACGUACACUAGAUAGAGGUACUUGAGUAAACCUGAAGAGUGUAUAAUUGUGAAACUAAGAAAAGACCAAAAAAAGAAGAAGGCACUUUCUUUGCCUGUUUUCUCUUCUU